CGCUAUUGACCGGUCGAAGUGGUUCCAGAUGUGGUGGCGAACGAACCAGUUGGUCAGCGAGUGUUCCGGCGUUCCGGCACAGAGCGUUUUGAUGGUCCCGAACCGGUGCUUCCAAAAGUCGUUCGUGUCCACUGCCCGGCCGACGCUGGACAACGGACCGAGCCCGCAGCCAGCACCAGAGCUGGCAUCUGUUUCGUCGGCCCGCUUGAAGUACACGCAGUUGUCAGACUCCAGGUGGCGCUCCAGUUCCCUUAGGUUGCGCCGCUUUGCCCACUGGAUGUUGUGCGUCGAGUCCGUAAACGCAGUGGCACGGAUGCGUGGCAGGUAGCAGUGAGACUUGUCCAAGAGGUAGCGCACGAACUGAGACCCCGACUGCGAAUGGGAAAGCACGAGCAGGUUUCUGGGGGUCGGACCCCCACAGCGCAUUCCCCCUUGCUCCCAGCGCCGGAAGACGCGCUCCAUGGACUUUUCAAAGGUCGCCAUGCCCAACUUAUCGCCGCGCGCGUUUGGGUCGAGGACCACCAGGUUGAUAUUGCGCGUGUAGGCCUGGCGGACAAAGGGCACCGCCGUGCUGCACUCCAGCCCGGAGGUCAGGAGGUGCUGCCGCGAAAACACGCCGGCCCGUACCCGCCCGUUUCCCGUCGCCACCAAGAGCGUUGGCUCCUCGUCGAUCCUGGAUUCGUCCUUCACCAACCGGGUGCUGACGAGAACUCUUAUUGGUUGGGUGUUCGAUGAUGGUGGUGGCGGUGGCUGGCUUCCGUCGCUACGGGUUUCUUCCGGUACGGUGACCCAUUCCAGCUGGGCAUCCCGCAUCAUGACCUCUUGGGCAUAUUCCAUGGCGAGGCGACAAACAAUAUCGUACAUGGGUCCGUCCGCGAUGAAUUCUUUCCGGUUUUCCGCGGUGAUCAUGGUGUUUGAUUCCCUAUGGAACAAUCUAGACAUCGUUUCGUGGUUGUGAGAACGACACCUGCAGUGUCUUGCGCUCGUUCUCGAUCGGUAAUGUUGUCGCUGUUGACUACGAGUACCGAUUCCGGUGUCAGCGGCAUGGGGAUUCUCUUCUUUUUUUUCUUCCUCGACACCGGAAUGCGGGCGUGCGGGGCACUCGCAGGCGUCAAAAACUUCCGCGUGCAUCGGGGUCGUUGCCUUCCUCGUCCUUUGUGUUGCGUUCGUCGAUAGUGCCACCGGGCGGUACUCCAGGCCACCGGCGGCCAGGCCCUCCCCUCCCUUCAGCGGGCGCAGAAUCUGGAGCAGCAGGGCCCUCUUGAAUCGGUCUUCUUCCCUCGUCUUGCACCCCCACAGCAAGACGUCGCUCGAUGCCGAACCCGGGAUCUGCCUGUCGUGGUUUUGGCAGGUUACCUUCGACGGCACCGGAGUCGUGGAUGGGUGGUUGCCCAUGGUUUGCUUCGCUCCGCGGCGUCUCGACCGCCCGGGUGAAUGCCUCGCUACGAAUUCUCUGCCGCGUUCGAUCGCCGUGUCUUUUUUCUUUUUCUUUGGCAAUGCCGCCGUACUAGCAGCCAAACAAAUCUUGGUGUUGAUGUUGGUGUUGGUGUUGGUGUUGGCGAUUGGCGGCAACGGCCUGUUCUGUUGUGGGAUGUCCGUGGAAGGUGAAAGACAAUACUGGUAUGUGUUCCUUGUUCGGUGCCUUCCGGGGAGGACGAGGAAGGAAUGGCUCCUUAAGACCCUAUCGUACGGUACGGUACCGCAAUGGCCGGUACGGCGGAUUUUGAUUCGAGGGUCGCAUGUCACACCGAAACCAUGUCAGGAAAAUGAGACAUGCCUGACGGUUCUCUUUCGCAGAACAUCGAGGAAGCAGUCACGAAAAAAGUUGGCGUUAAAAAAAUUAUGGCGACGUCCACGAUCGACUGGGAUUUACAAGUACGAGUACACUCGUACCAUACUUACGUACCGUACCGUACAUGGGUUGGUAACGAUUGCUCGAUGCUCUACCGGUAUGGUCUCGUUUGUGAAUCGCGGCAGUCGCAUUGUAUUGGGGGCAUGAUUCAAAAUGCGGCGGGAGUGUUUUCGCCCCCUUUUAUCCUCCCAGAUAAAACCUUACGUAACGAUUCGUACCUCACCAUUCAUUUCUCUUUCUGUCGUGCACAAAAAGGCAUCGAUUUUGACGCCGUCGGACCAAAAAACUCGGGAAUCGUAUCGUAAAAUCGUAAAUUCCAGGGGGACGAAUUACGUACCGUAUCGUACACUACUUACAGUACGAGUAACAUACCGUACUGUGCCCGUUCGAUACUCUACCAAUUAGUCGUUGUGUUUCGAACCGCACGCCAGAGCAAAGUAAAGGAAAGCAAAGCACUGCACUGCAACACAGCACCCAUUCCUUCACCUCCGGACCAAGAAGGCUCUUUUUUGUAUUUCUACGGCACACCACACCGACUCCUCGACAAAAUGGCGGACGAUCUCGACGAUAUCUUCGGUGCUAUCGACGGCGACGGCGACGACGACGCCGUGGAAUCCGGGGCCGAGGAGCCGAUGGAAGACGAUUCCGACGACGGCGGAGACUCGAUGGCGGAGCCGGAAGAGGGCGGGGAAGACGAAGGCGAAUCAAAGGACGGCGGUGAAAGCGCGGGGGCGAAACCCCCAAAGCCACCCACGUCGGCAGAGACGGCCAAGCUCUACAACAGCAUCAUGCACGCGCCGACGACGUCUCACCUGAGGGAGACGCAGCAAAAGGAGGCCUCGGAGCUCCUGCGGCCGACGGAGGCCGUCCAGAAACAAAAGGAGCAAGAGGCCGAGCAGCACGCGGCUAGCAACGCCGUCAACACGGGAACCUCCCACGACAAGUCCGUCCGGUCCUACUCGGCCUACCCCAAAAACCUGCCCGAGGGAAUGGAGCUCCCCAAGCCCAAAAAGAGCGACAAGCCCGCCAAGGUGUACCCCUUCAAGCUAGAUCCUUUCCAGGCCCAGGCGGUGGAGUACAUCGAAAAGGAGGAAUCGGUCCUGGUGGCCGCCCACACCUCCGCGGGGAAGACCGCCGUGGCGGAAUACGCCAUUGCGAAGUCGCUGAACAACGGGCAGCGCGUCGUGUACACCAGCCCCAUCAAGGCGCUGAGCAACCAGAAAUUCCGGGAGCUGCAGGAAGAGUGAGUCGGUCGCGCGUUCCUCAGUACACCAAUCGCAUGGGGCGUGGGUUUUUCGUUUUCCAUUCCUUUUAGAAAAGAAUUGUGCCGUGCGGCAUCGCCGGUGUCGUCCCGAAAACUCGAAUUUUGUUCUAAUUGUUCCCGUAAACUCUGUUCGUUCAUCAUUUUCAUCCAGGUUCGGCGAUGUGGGGCUAAUGACAGGAGAUAUCACAAUCAGUACGUAUCCAUCUCAUAAGACGGAUCAUCUUGGAAUAGCUUUUGUUGUUGUCCAUACCAGUUGCUUGCAUUUUAACAGCGACGAUGCAUUGCUCACAAUUACUUUGCCUUUUUCGAACCGACAAAAACCGUAGAUCCCACCGCCACGUGUCUUGUGAUGACUACGGAGAUUCUUCGAUCCAUGCUCUAUCGAGGUUCCGAGCUCAUGAGAGAAGUAGCAUGGGUCAUCUAUGAUGAAGUGCAUUACAUGCGAGAUUCGGAGCGUGGAGUGGUCUGGGAAGAGUCCAUCAUCUUGUAAGUAUGCAGCGUGAUUUCGAAGAAUCAACUUCCAAAAAAUCUUCCAAGGGACAAUAGAUCGCUGCUCACCCAUAUUUGUUUGUCCAUGUGAAUAAUGUUUCUCGACCCAAGACUCCCGCACAGGGUCCGGUUUGUGUUUUUGUCCGCCACGAUUCCCAAUGCGGCGCAAUUUGCCGAUUGGAUUUGCGAAAUCCACCACCAGCCCUGCCACGUUCUGUACACCAAUUACCGUCCGACCCCUUUGCAGCACUACAUUUUCCCGCAGGAUGGAGACGGCCUGCACCUGGUGGUAGACGAGAGGGGAAAGUUUCGAGAAGCAAAUUUUCAGAAGGCAAUGGCCUCGCUUCAAUCGGCCAGUGUGGACGUUGCGGGGGCCGACGCCCUCUUAAGUUCUGGAAACGCCAAGAAACGAAAGCGAUCGGCCGGUGGGAAGAAGGGAGGAGACCAGAUGACAGGCUUGCAGCGAAUCAUCAAGCUGAUCAUGGCCCGCAACCUGAAUCCGGUCAUCAUCUUUUCGUUCUCCAAGAAAGACUGCGAGCGGUUCGCGCUGGCUCUGAACAGGGAAGACUACACCGACGACGUAGAAAAAGACCUCAUCAACCAGGUGUACACCAAUGCCAUCGACUCGCUCGGAGAGGACGACCAAAAACUCCCCCAGGUACUGGCCUUGCUCCCGCUGUUGAAGCGGGGCAUCGGUGUGCACCACGGAGGAUUGUUGCCGAUUCUGAAAGAAGUAGUGGAGAUCUUGUUCGCGGAAGGGCUGAUCAAGACUCUCUUUGCGACCGAAACCUUUGCUAUUGGCAUCAACAUGCCCGCAAAGACUGUGGUGUUUACCAACACGAGAAAGUUCGAUGGUCUCGAUUUCCGUUGGGUGACUUCUGGUCAGUAACUACGAUAUCUCCCUUAACCACCGCUUUUUUUCGGACGAUGAAAAACAAUAAAACCAAUACUAACGG